UCCACAGUAAUGGGUCGGGUUCGGGCUUCUGCUGGCAUGGAUGGGUAGGGUGUCCUGUCUUCCAGCUGUUCACCUGAAACGAUGCUUCCGAAUUGUGCCAGGUACAGUAAAAUGAGAGCAGUGGCAUUGAUUAGAGGGAGCGUAUGGGAGAAGCUAAGCAGCUUUUCUCGAGUUUUACGCCAACCUUCUUCCGCUAGAUCCGUAAAAAAAGAACGAGCUCUCUCUUCCCUCCACCUAAACGGCGAAGCAUCUAGGGUUCCUCUUCCUAUGGCGGACAUAUAGCCUUCUGAUAUGCACAUAUUUUAUACACUUUUUAAUCAUAUUUUGAAGGAGUUUUGAGUCUCAAUUGAAUUUAAUGUUUAUAUUUUAUUUCAAUUUUCCGUUUUAUUUGUGUAGAGCGGUCCUAUGCUUGGUUUUAUAUGUUUUGUAGGUAUUUUGAGGCCAUUUGGACGCAUUGAGAACAAUUUCAAGAACGGAAAAUAAACAUGGAAGUUUGGG